UGAUGGGAAAGCGAGGGAAGGAGGGUGGGAAGUCGCUUUAACAAGUAACAACAACACACGCUUAGAUCUGCUCCGCUACUAAUAAAACGCCUCGCCCUUUCCUUCCCCUCCUCCACUUCAAAAUCCCUCCCCCUCUCGAUCUCUCAAGUGGAGAAGAGUUCGCUUCCAUGGCACUAGUGCUAAAUCUCCAUUGUCAAAUUUUGUUAGAAGCCCAUGAAAAGAAGGUGUCUUUGGCUUCCGCCAUUGUUGUUGCUUGAUUUGUUGCCUGCACCACGGGAACGACGCGAAAACUGCGUCAAGGAGCUCGCUUUUUGCCACCAAAAGUGUCCGAGAGGGAUUGCGCACGCAUUUUGAGUUCAAAGAUCAGAUUUUUUUUACUUUUCUCUUCGAAGAAAACAAUGGAGACGAAGAGCGGCGGCGGAGCAAAACGAGGACGGGACGGGAGCAAGCUGCGGCCGGCGUAUAUGGGCGUCCGAAUGCGGGCGUGGGGGAAAUGGGUGUCUGAAAUCCGGGAGCCGCGCAAGAAGUCGCGCAUCUGGCUGGGGACGUUCUCGACGCCUGAAAUGGCGGCGCGGGCGCACGACGUAGCCUCCCUCAGCAUCAAGGGCGCCGCCGCGGUGCUCAACUUCCCUGAACUGGCCGCCUCUCUGCCCCGCCCGGCCACCCUCUCACCUCGCGACGUCCAGGCCGCGGCGGCCAAGGCAGCCGCGAUGGUGCCCCCGUCUCCGCCGCAGAAAUCUCCCCCCGAAGACCCGUACACCUCCGACGACCUCGGCGAGAUCGUGGAGCUGCCGCGGCUCGGCGGCGGGUACUUCCUCGACUCGGCCGAUUCCGGGGGCGAGUUCGUGUACCACGACUCUUGGUCCCCGUGGGCAGAUCAGACCGGAUUCGGGUUCGAGCCGAAUGAGAUUUUGAUUCGCUCGGACGGCUGGGAGUUGACCGGGUUCGGAUCCCUUCUGUGAAAACCGUUAAACCUCAAAUCUCACUCUAAUAAAACUUGCAAAAUCUUAAGAAUUUUUCAUUGGCGCUCAAAGUCUCGUAGCUCGUGUAUUAUGGAGUGUUUCAAGUUAAAAAAAAAAUGAAUUUGUAUAGUUCUUUUCCAAAAUGUUUGAAACAA